AUGACCAACUCCAAGCUUGCGCAUAGGAUCAAUCUUGCGCUUACGACAACAGCCACAUCCACGAGCACAGCAUCCUUCUCGGCCAGCACAGUCUUCAACAAGCACACGCAUGAGACCGCCAGAGCUCAAACACGCUUAGUUGAAACCCAUCCUGUAGCAAGGAUCGGCAAUGCCACCAUCUUUGCGCUAGAAUCCAGUUCAAGUCUUUUUUUGAGAAUCUUUGAUGAGGCUGUCGGGUCCUUCUUUGAUAGAUAUCUCCUCUUGAACCACUUCUCGGAGGUCUUCCUCUACAAACAGAGGCUUGUGCGAGAUAUUCGGAGGCCUAUACUCGUAUUCAUUCCAGUGUUCCACCAAGCGAUAUCUUUGGAGAAUAUUUAUUUCCCCGGAUUCUUCGAGGCGGGUUUCCAUAGGGGUCUUGUCACCAUUUAA